CGGAGCGGAGCGGGAACGAGAGCGGGAGGAGCAGCAGCCCACGCUCGGGGCGCCUCUGGAGCCGCACAAGAUGCUCUUCCAGGGCUUCGACCUCGUCUCGGCGCUGGCCACCUUCGUCGCCUGCCUGGUGUCCGUGACCCUCCUGCUGGCCGUCUCGCAGCAGCUCUGGCAACUGCGCUGGGCGGCCACCCGGGACAAGAGCUGCCGGCUGCCCAUCCCCAAGGGCUCCAUGGGCUUCCCGCUGGUCGGCGAGACUUUCCACUGGCUCCUCCAGGGCUCCAGCUUCCAGUCCUCCCGGCGGGAGAAGUACGGGAACGUCUUCAAGACGCACCUCCUGGGGCGCCCCUUGAUCCGGGUCACCGGGGCCGAGAACGUGCGCAAGAUCCUGAUGGGCGAGCACAGCCUGGUGAGCACCGAGUGGCCGCGCAGCACCCGCAUGCUGCUGGGCCCCAACACCGUCGCCAACUCCAUCGGGGACAUCCACCGGCACAAGAGGAAGGUGUUCUCAAAAAUAUUUAGCCAUGAAGCCCUGGAGAGCUACCUUCCAAAGAUCCAGCUGGUGAUCCAGGACACGCUGAGAGCUUGGAGCAGCAACCCGGAAUCCAUUAAUGUCUAUUAUGAGGCCCAGAAGCUCACUUUCCGCAUGGCCAUCCGAGUCCUGCUGGGGUUCCGGAUUCCAGAUGAAGACCUUGGCCACCUCUUUGAGGUCUACCAACAGUUUGUGGAGAAUGUAUUCUCCUUGCCUGUGGACCUGCCUUUCAGUGGCUACCGGAAGGGGAUUCGUGCCCGAGAGGCAUUGCAGAAAGGUUUAGAAAAAGCCAUUCGGGAAAAGCUGCAAAAUAUGCAGGGCAAGGACUACUCCGAUGCUUUGGACAUCCUGAUAGAAAGUGGGAAGGAGCACGGCAAGGAACUGACCAUGCAAGAGCUGAAGGAUGGCACCCUGGAGUUGAUCUUUGCUGCCUACGCCACCACCGCCAGCGCCAGCACCUCUCUCAUCAUGCAGCUCCUGAAGCAUCCCGGCGUUCUGGAGAAGCUGCGGGAGGAGCUGAGGAGCAAAGGCAUCCUCCACAAUGGCUGCCUCUGUGAGGGGUCGCUUCAGCUCGACACCCUCAACGGUCUCCACUACUUGGACUGUGUCAUCAAGGAGGUGCUGAGGCUCUUCACACCCAUCUCCGGAGGGUACCGAACCGUCCUACAGACCUUCGAGCUGGACGGCUUCCAAAUCCCCAAGGGCUGGAGCGUCAUGUACAGCAUCCGGGAUACUCACGACACAGCUCCCGUGUUCAAGGAUGUGGAUGUUUUCGACCCCGAGCGUUUCGGGCAGGACCGCACGGAAGACAAAGACGGCCGGUUCCAUUACCUCCCUUUUGGCGGAGGGGUCCGGACUUGUCUGGGCAAACACCUCGCCAAGCUGUUCCUCAAGGCGCUGGCUAUUGAGCUGGCCAGCAUGAGCCGCUUUGAGCUGGCCACAAGGACUUUCCCUCGGAUCACUCUGGUGCCCGUCGUCCACCCGGUCGACGGACUCAAGGUCAAGUUUUUUGGGCUCGACUCGAAUCAGAAUGAAAUCUUGACAGAAACAGAAGCCAUGUUGGGUGCCACCGUGUAAGCCGGGCCCUCGGUUUUCUGCCUCUUGGUUGGGGAGGCAGAGGGGCCUGGCAUUUUGGCGCAGAAAGGAAACAGUCAAAACCCGUCCCUGGUGGAGAGGGGCCGCCUCGCCUGCCCAUACCUUUCGUCAAAACCUUACAUGAUGAACAUGCCGAAACCAGGGCGGUGGUUUUAGUGAGGGUGAAAAACCGAUUGAGGAGAUCCCCUGUUACGUUUUAUUUUCCGGAACACAAACUGGAAGGGGGUUGGUUGUCUUGACUGUAAAAACGGUAUAUAAAUGUUUAUAUUCUCUGAA